AUGGUAAACGCCCAAGAAUGGUUAGAUAAAAAUUACCCAAAAAAAGAAAAAGCACGAAAGUACUUAUUUGUUAAGGAACAAUUAGAAGGGGAAUUGUAUUUAAAAGAUUUUACUAAUCUGAAGAAAGUAUACAUAUCUUAUUACGUAAAUGAAAAACAAUUUACGAUAAAUUAUGAAGGAAAAAUUGAGUUAAAUUUGAAAAAUAAAAAUCUUGAAGGUGGUUUGGAUUUAAGUGACUUUGUUAAUUUAGAAGAGUUGGAAUGUGAUAAUAAUAAUAGUAAUAAUCUUUCUGAGCAAGACUGUUCAGCUUUUAGUCAAUUCGGUAAUUUAGAGAACUUAAAAAUCGGUAACCAUGAUGAAAAUAAAAUUAAUCAAAAAAUCUAUAAUCGUUUUAUGGGUUCCUUAGAACCUUUCAAGAAUUCAAAUAAAUUGAAACAUUUAAAUAUCAGUAAUACAGAUAUUGCUAGUGGUGUAGAGCAUUUACCACAAAGCAUCGGAAAGAUUCGCUAUUCAUCCGAAUUAAGACCUACUAGUAAAGUUCAAGAAAUUGAUCGAGAAUUAUCAAGAAAAGCAGAAGAAUUUAAUCGAACCUUACUACCCAAUGAAAUAAGAUUUCCUAAGUAUAAAAAACACGAAGAAGCAGUUUACACUAGUCGACUUUUACCAACUGAAGAAAUAAUUAAGUUAUUACAAAAUUCAAAAGAAAUUAGCGAACAAUUUUAUGAUGUAACUGAAACUCCAGAAAGCUUUAAGAUUGAUCUAGUUAAUUUUAUGGAAGAUAGUUCGCCAAACCUAGCUAAAAAAGAAGCAAAAACAAAACAAAAAUUACUAAGAGAAAUAUUGGUUAGAAACAAUUUAAUCAAGGAAACUUUUUUAAAACAAACUAUUUCUAAUUUAGAAGAGCAGAUGAGACUUUUCAGCCAAGAAAAAAACAUUGGUCAACAAAAUUUAAAAAUUUAUCAAUUACAAGAAAGUUUUGCUAAGUUACAAACCGACUUAGAAAAAUCGUAUCAAUUAUCAACCGAGUUAGACGAAUUAAUGCUUCAACAAGAAAUUUCUCCAAAAAAGAGAGUUUCUCAAAAGAUAAACAUAGACAUUCCAGAUGAGCCAAACGCUCAAGUUAGUGAAUCGGCUCACUUGAUUGAAAAAUCUAAGCGGAAAUUAUCCCUCGCUUUACAAGAAAAAAACACCCAGGGAGAGUCUAAAUUAUUAAAAGAGGAAUCAGAUUGCCAAAUUGAGUUUAUGGAACAUUACAAAUUGAAAGAGGACGAAAGGAGAUUUUUCGCUCAUUUGCCGCCGAACUUUCCGAAAGAAGAAUUUGAUCGAGCCAAAGGAGUUUAUGCUGGAAUUUUGACCGCAAAUUAUCCGGAAAGUGUUGAGAAGUAUCUAACGUCCGGGGAUGAGUGCCAGCCACGAAGAGAGGCCCUAAAUGAGUUAGUUAUUUUUGCCCACUCGUGGUGGCAAACCGACGCAGGAAGAGCCAUUUAUUCGAUGUUUGAUUUAGAAACGA